UUUUUCAAAUUUCAAAUGAAAAGUAAAAUCCUUUGGAGAAAGAGAAUCCCAUUUGAAAGAGAGAAAAACAAAGAACGUAGUAUUUGGCGAGUGAGAUCCACUCCGAACGCUCCCCUUUUCCCCCCUUUCUCUCCCCUUUCUUUUCAACUUCCUUUCUUCUCACGCCGCGCUGCUUUCCCUUCCCUUCCCUUCCCUACCCUACCCUCUCCCUUUCCUUCCGCCUCUCCCCCGAUCCUCUCUCACCGCUCCCUUCUUUUUUUGCCAUGGAGUUCAAUUUUCGUGCCGGUGAUCACCGACCCCCACCCCCACCCCCACCGCCUCCUGCGAUGCAGCUUCUUCCUCCUAGGCCUCCGCCGAUGCAGUUUCUUCCUCCUGGGCCUCCGCCUGCUUAUUGUCUAUCUGAGCAAGGGUUUUCAGAAUCGUUCAGACAAACCACGAACAUCGUAACAUUGAGACAGCCGUUCGUUCCAAACGAGGAAAGGCACUGGGAGAUGGAGUUAAUGCGAUUGAGAGAAGAGAAAUUAAUGGGGGAGAUUGAACGGGAGCGAUUUCUGAAAGAGGAAGCGAGGAGAGAACUGAGGUUGUUCGAACGAGAGAUAGCGAUUCGAGGACUUACACCGUCGGCAGUUGGAUAUCCUUUCCAACAGCCGCAACAAUGGGUAGGGCCGCCGUCCAGUGCUGUGGCAGCGCCUUGUCCAUCGCCUUUGCCUGCAGUACCGGUGCACGCAUACCAUGAAUGGCACAGGAUGGAGCAAGUAAAAACUUCCGGCCGCCUAGGGUUUGGUGCGGUGUCGUUGCGGCCGCGGAUUCAGCCAUUAAUGGUGGAAGACAAAAAGGAGCCUAAAGUAACGAAGGAGGCUGCCAGUGAAAGAGAACUCAUUGUACUGGAAAAACCCGUUCGGAAUGCCCUUAGAGAAAAGCGAAAGGCUGAGACGACGUCACCGUCCACCAAAGUCAUCAAACUAUCUCUUGUGAAGAAGACUUCCCAGGCCGAGUGGAGUUGUGCCCUGUGCAAAGUGAGCACGGCGAAUGAAAUAGGUUUUAAUGAACACCUUCGUGGCAAAAAACACAUGCGUAAAGAAGCAAGCCUGAGAGCUCGUAAGGAGAGCAAAGUUUCCCAAGCUGCAGCCGAGCCAUUACCGAAAAAGAGGAGAAAGCCAUGGCAAGCCAUGGCAGCGGCAGCAGGAGGAGGUGCGGAAGGGAAGGAAAAGGAAACAACGAAAGAUGGAGAAACACAUGUAGGUGAGAAAACUGAAGGCAGUGUUGACAUGAAUGCAUUAAUUCCAUACUUUCCGAAAGUAGGUGACAAAGAGGAGAAUAAGCAAGAGAACAACUCGACGGUGCUCGGGUCUGACGACGAUGUCAUGGCAAAAAAUGUCACUUUUUGGUGCGAAGAGGGCAAAGUUGGUGCUUCCCAAACAAAAGUGAUGUUAGCUCAUGUGAAUGGGAAGAAACACCAAGCAAAACUUAAAGAAGCUAAUCAAACUGAGGAGGAAGGGCGACCAUUGUAGUUUGUAAGUAAUUUUAGCUUUUGAAGAAAUGUAGAUAUUGGACACAAGAAGAAGGGGAACGGGCAACGACAGGUGUUGCUCGGUGAAUCGGGGAAGAGUGGGAAACAAGACAGACAGUUUAAGCUAACCCCGAGUUAUUUUCAAAAUUUUAAUGGUGUUCUUUUUUAUGAUUGCACAGUUGAAAAAGUGAUUCUGAAAAUGGUAGGGGUAAGUAAGUGUAUGGUUGGUUACUCCUACUACAGUACUAAGUUGAUUAUCCUUUAAUUAGCUCUUUCUUUGGACAAAGAGGGUUGAUUCUUUUUUGUUCUUUGUGGCCAUACUCCAAAAGCUAACUAGAUUUUGUAACAAGCUCUAAGCUAGGGUGCAUGGGUUGCCCAUAAAAACAAAGCUCUUUUAUUAUUUACUUAAUUGAUGAUUGAUAAUUAGAGAA